CUCCGCGUCUCCAAUAUUCGGACCGCAAGGGACGCGUACUUCCGUCUCACGUCUCUCGGGCGGUGAUAAUAUCGUUGAUAUCGUAGACGUCGUCACCCAUCUCUGUCCCACCAAGUCCACUAUCGCUGUCAACAUGUCUGUAACAACCACCGCCAACCCCAUCCACUACAACCUCGAGGCCACCCUCGCAGACUACGAUCUCCAUCACAGCGGGGAACAAAGUGAAGGACUCGAUACAAGUCUUAACGCGCAUCCGGCACCGAAUACGUCGUCAACGCAAUCGCAGCAGAAUCCUAGCGACUGGCCAACGGAACAUCGCCGCGUGCCUGCGUACCGCCCGAUUAACCAUGAACUCGAUCAGAGCGAGCGGAGAGUCUAUUUGAACGGCAUUGAACAGGCGUUUGUUGGAGUUAUGUUCACAGGCGUAUUCUUGGAAUCGACAAUAUCCAAAGCGUGGCGGAAUACUCUGGGACGGUUCUGGAAUGUUGGAUAUAAGAUUGGUGGGGAGUGGUGAUAGACACGAUGUAGAACAAAUUGUUUCCGGCGUUCGUAAAGCUCAACUCUAU